AUGCUGACAGUCUCCUGCUCUUGCUCCUCCUCCUUCUCCUCCUUCUUCCCCACCACUAGCAUCAUCAAGGUCUGUCGAUUUGCGUAUGUGCGUACUGCCACUAGGCAAACGCAAGUGGUAUGACGAGCGACCAGCGAGAGCCAGGCCGGGAGAGGGGGAGGCGGGGGUUGGGAAACUGUGUCACGGAUUAGGAAGUAGAAAAUGGACGUGCCGAGUAUUGUGAACACAGACGGGGGAGGGGGGGUGGAGAUAGGACAGAGACAAACACGCUAGCCUUGCUACUGCAGCGGCAUGUGCAGACCCUUUUUCUCCCAAACCCAGAGAAGUGGCCGCGCCUUUUGCCCCUACAGUGCGCUCCCCUCCCUAAUGCGUCACCGCCAUCAGCCUCGCUCCUACCUUUCCCGUGCGCACUGCAGCUACCUGCCCGGCUCCGCAUUCACUUCUCCCCUUCCUUUCCUGUGGGCGAAAGAAGGCCAAAUUGAGUGAGGGAGAGAGAGCGAGAAAGAGAGCAGGUCGCAAGGACGAGGAUGCCGACAUAAAUACAGAAGCCGUCGCGAGGCGAGAAAGGCGCACACUUAAUCUAUCACACAAGACGGACCUAGUGGCAACGCAGAGGAGUUGCGCGAUGUCACGAAGAAGGGAUGAGAGAACAAUCCCGCGCAGUCACUACCGUUCAGGGGUCGAAAAAUGAAGACUUAGUAGACGGCACGGGGAAACUUUCACAUUAGUCCUCUGAUGGCCAAAUUAGGCGAACCAUGCUGAGGCGGCAGCAGGGUUUGGCUCAGUUGUAGACACGAAGUGGUGACGUUCAAAAAAACAAGACUAUAUAAGUUGAAGGCCAAACGGCAAAAUUGUGAGUGGAAAGCGCUCAGCAUAUCCAGUAGGCAGGACUUCCAGUCGCAGAAAUCUAAGGCCGAUCUCAAGCUACUGCAAUGUGUGCGGCUGAUCACCCUCCAACUUGACCCCAGGACGUCUCAGGACCGAAAUAAGUGAAUAAGCAGACAACAGCUGGCGACCCUCCGACUCUACCCCGAAGCACGUAGUGGCUUCUAAAUUCGGUCACACGAGUAUGAAGUGCAAACGGCCACACACGCACACGCGAAGUGAUCACUCUCCCCAUACUAACCGAAUAAGAAGGGCAUUGACCGGUAUAAGGAUGUGAAAGCUAAUGUUAUCUAUGGUUGGUUCAAACAGUUAAUUCACCAGCUAGAAAUAUUCGGCCCCCGAACUCUACUCGAUUCCAGUUUAUCCAAUAAACAGCAGUUGCGAGCCCGAAGGAUGAGCUGUUCUGUCGCCCAGAUAAACAGUAAUGCACAAUGAGUGUACAAUGCGAAGAAAACAGACGCACUGGUCAAUGAACACUGAUAAGGCCUGGGUUUGCUCAUCAGCAAGAAGGUUCCACCUGUCGUUUGAAAAUAAAACGUCUGGAUGUACAACCCUGAAGAAGCUUAACAAAUAGCUCGGACAGCGAUAGAUUGCUCCGCAUCACUUACAGAGUAGAAGUGGUCCCAGCGCGAACCAUGAACCCAGAUCCCAGUCAGACUCUCGACAGGAUACAAUCUUCGACCUGGAAUCGGCUCGGCAGACUCCUCAACACGAAACUGGGGAUGUACAAGGACGUAAUUGCGCUAACACCGCCCUAUGAUCCGGAGAAAAAGACGGCCUGUAGAAUUCAAAAAAAUUCCAUCCGCCCCGACCAACAGUCUCCGCAGACACCAGAAAGUGAAACGACAGUAACAAAUCCCAUAAACGGUCUUAAAAUUGGGACGCACAACUGGAACCUCUACUUCCUCAAGAUGUAGGAUCAGACGCUACGAAGCAACUGUACUAUGCUGCAGUUAUGGCGAGCUCUUAUCGAUAAAGCAAGAUAAAGAGACGUCUAAGAAAUGCUGGAGACGACCAUAAGUCCCCGUAAACCCUCAGGAUCAGCAGGCGUGGUAAGCGGAGCUGCGAUCUUUAAAAUCCACUGAAUACACCAAGAAAAACGGCAAGACAACCGGAAUCUUGAGGAAAAAGUCGAACUCCUUCCGAUGCAUGCUUAAGGUCAAAGUAAUGCAGUAUUCACACUACCUUUGUGUCUGCCUCCGACAGCGAAACCACCUUCAAUAAAUCCUGCCACUAAUGCGCAAAAAACGCAAACAGAUGUGCUGGACGAGCCCAGUUGAUCAAAUUUGACGCAACAACGAGCAGACCACACCGGACUCGCUCGACUGCAUCCCAAGUGCGCAGUACAAUGGUUUGAACGUUCGAUGUAGCGGAGGCGAAACUGGAACCCACGGAAGCUACUUCCGACAGCCGCCUCCGCCACUUCGUCAUCUAUCACAACUGUAUUCCUGAAUUUGUCCCACCUGUCCGACGUCCGGCUAGAACGCCCACUCGAAGUGAACGCCUCCUACUUGACAACAAAGGCAUCGUCUAUUGCCUUUAAACAUGUCAGUCCGACCGUUGCGAACUACGCUGUCCACUGUGUGUCACACAACGUGUUGAGCGCAGAACGAUAACUUGAGCUUGAAUAAUUUUGUGGCGAUAGCAAACCUGCGCAGCGUCUGCCGCACCCGCUCUUCCUUCCCUCUCUUGGGAUGGGUAUCAUGACAGGACGAUCCCCUCCUGAGUGAUGUGCAAGACGGGGAAUGGUAAGCCCAGGUAGUUGGUGCUGAUAAGAAGACUCGAUCGCCGAAAGAAAAAUGGUAUUAGCCUGGACUUUCAGAUUCACGGAUGUUAACCACCAAACAAGUACGAACAUCUGCGAUGAAUCUGCUAAUUUUAGCAGGUUUACGGUUGUAUAGUGACUGCAUCUUAUAAAUACUGUACUUCCUGCAUGUCUGCUACAAGUAACACUUGUUCUGUGUUAUGGGCCCCGUCGUCAAUUCGUGACAGUAAGCGCAUAAAAUUUUAGUGCCGUCUUUCGCCAAGCAACUGCUUCCAAACUGAGAAAUACGUUAAACACACAGAGAUAAGCUUACUAUUUUCUCUGUUCGAAACGUAACAGCUCAGGUUCAGCAGAAAAUUCCAUUAACCAAGCAGAUUAGCACCUUGUGGAUUUAUCGUUAGCCUAGACGGACCAAUGAGCGGUAGACGUAUUAGAAUUCCCCCGAUGUAGCGCAGCUGUAGCCACCAACUACUUGAAACCAAAUAAACACAUAAAGCCGUUCGUUUUAUAGUGUCUAAAGUUAAAACUCUUGACAAUAACCCCGAGGUCUGUUAGUUUCGUACGCCGUCAGUCAAAACAUCCUUCCAUAAAAGCUGCGGAAAGGAUAGCAUUUUGACUAAAAAAUAACACCCUCCUCUACGCAUAUGUGUCGCAAAGGGAAACCAGCGACCACUUAAUUAUAACCCUUCCCUGUGUCGAACGUGGGUGAUUGUCAACUUCCAAAACUAGGACGCUUGGUAAACGAAUGAGAUAAUGGGUCAGUGGGUCUAGAAGAGACGAUAGGAACUAACGUAAAAGUGAUCUACUUAACCAAUAAGCAGAACAGGGGAGUGCUGGGAAAAACUUAAGGUCAGCGUCCGGGACAUCGUGAAGCAUCCAACAGGAUGACAAUGUCUCGCUCAACCGGACACAUUCACACCAAGUCUUGGGGUCAGACGUUUCGUGGAACCCAAGGUUAUUCAACAUACCCGGGACUAAUAGGGAUGAAAGGGUCCGAUGGUUGCGACUACCGUCUAUCUCGCUCGCUCGCCGACGCUUUAGCGAUAGCAUGUAAGCGGCUGCCCCACAUAACGAUUUACAAGCUUGGUAAACGCCGAUCCAGACCAGUUUCUGCUGUAAUCGCUGCAAAUGGAUGAACGACAAAGCACCGAACAUCUGUUAGACGGGUAAUCUUGCCUGUAACUAUUUAUGUACAGUUUCGAGUAUUACAUUCAGCAGGGCACUUUUACUAAUCAGAUCUGAGUUCCAUGUCAUAAACGAAAAGUAGAGACGUGGCAUCCCGCAAAUUCAGCUAAUUCGGGAGACGGCACGUUACACUACGUAGUGAGGGAAGGCUGGCUACUUGGCCACCCGUGUGCUUAGGAGGCAGUGUAGGACCAUCGUUCCUAAGCCCCUCCAUGGCUGCCUUCUAAUGCUCUCCUGGUCGCAAAUGGAUUAGACAGAGGGAACUCGCUCCUUUCGGCGGUAGUAGAAAUCGAAAAGUGCCACUGACAAAGCAAGGGAGACCGAACUGGCCAUUUCUGGCUUAUUUCCCGUCGGCGGCUGGCCUUAAUCUCAGAUAGCAAACACAGCAGGCACCAGGAUGUGCGGACGUCUCAAACAGUACUUCAACCAUCUACUGACAUAAAAUUAGGCGUUAAGCAAUUAUGCAAUUAUGCUCCCUCUUCUGUCAUUGCUUGGCAUUUCUUAUUACAGUACGAGAGGAGGAUACACUGAGUGUCCCUUUGCACUGUAGUUGUUCGUCGGGGUCGAAAAUUUCUGCGAACUGCAGUCAGGACCUUCAAAAACCAGUGGUAGACCUAAGGAAUAGAUUGGAACCAAAGUGGAUGCAAGUCCAUUCACCACUCUCGCUAGACGAGUAAGUUUUAAAAUCGAAAGACCCAAAAUAUACGGAAAAUUCCCAAGAACAUAGAACUACACUGAAGAGGGUGGUAACGGCGGAAUGCAGGACUUACGAAAAUGCUGUACGCAGGUCCAGAGUAGGCAAAUCAGGAUUAGAAUCCGUGAACGGAGGGGACAGUUAAUACAAUCCACGCGGGACAUGCACAGGAAUUUAACAUUCCGCAAUAGAGAAGACGAGGAAAGCUUGUGGUAAAGAACUGGCGGCCAGGCCAAGUGGCGGUCCAGGCAGAUGACGAGGCGAACGAGAAGGCUUAAAGUCUUUGCAAUAGAUGCUGCUGUUGUGGCAUCACGACGAAAGGGAGUGGGAGCCAGUAAGAGAGCGCGCGCAGGGACGAUAACGAGCGUGCCGCGUCCAAAAGGAGAACAAGACGCAGAAUGCGCACAUGGUUUUGUCUAGGCGCGCCGCACUCGUGUGGUGCGUGUGUGUGUGUGUAUGUGUGUGCGUGUCUGUUAUUCCUGGCCCGUAAGCGUCACCUGAAUUGGCUAGAUGAAGCAGUAAAACCGAGUGUGGCGUGGCGCUCCUGAGUCCACAAUGGCGUGCACGCAAUCUUGCUUGUGCGUGCGUGUGUGUGUGUGCGUGCGUGCGUGCGUGCGUGCGUGCGUGCGUGCGUGCGUACGAGGAAGAGUAGGAGGCGGUGAUGAUGGACUCGUGAUAGACUGACAGGCGGCCAUGAUUAGUCGCCCACAGGCUUCACUCGUCGGUCCGGUGCACUGGCUCCCCGGCAAUGGCCGGGUGAGGCGUCAAGUCCAGUGCUGUCGGUAUGGGCUCCCGUGCUAGCGGGUCACCUAAAUUUUGAAUGAGCAUGAUUACAGCUGCGAAAUAGCGACCAGCCCCUCGUUUUUGCACCCAACCACAUGCUCGAGGCGCACUUGUGUGAUACCGCGCCAUUAGCAUUAUCGUCUGACCAAACCGCGAGGUAGUAUGUGUGGUACCUGAGCUGUCAGUUUGGGAAAUCAUGCAACAUGUAUAUAUCACUGCCUACCUGUGAGCAGUUUAUGAAUAUUAAUCGUUUGUCCCGCUGAAACUGGGGAAGUUCGGAUCAAAUAUUCCUGUCGACUUCCAGAAGGCCCAUGAAGUUCCAUUCCGACGGAUUUGCACCGAAUUAGAGGAUUCCUUUCUGGGGAGAUUAAAAAGCUGGGAUGUCAAACCUGUAGUGCCUACCAGAAAGCGCAUGGGGACGCUGGGAGGCACUCAGAUGGGCCGAACUCCUCGCCGUUGUAUCAUGCAGCGACAGAAUAUCGGCGAAGCACGUGUCUGGGCCUUUACCUAGUACCUCUGCUGUAUGGUAAAUUAUGCCACAUUCUGCUAAGUACUCACAAAAAAGGGGAAGCAAGUCGAGCUUAACAUUUAUUGGGAUAAAGACUGUGCAUUGUAUACUAGCGUUCAUCCAAUCCGUAUUGUUACCUGUGGACGUUUGGUAAUAUCAGAAAUGUCCAUAAGAAACAGUACGUAACGAGCCCAUCCUGUCUCCCAGCAAGUGUUGAGCCCGAUUCGUUCUCCCAUUUUGUAGGAAUUUCCAUGUAAGGAAAUUAGUAUGCAGUAGCGGAAUCUCUGCGUCUGAUCGGCACAGUGUUUCAUUCGGACGACUUAUUUAAUGUAAACCGUCCCAUUCUGCGAAAGAAAAACGCGCAGCAACUGACGAUUCACUUGUAUCAUUACUGUCGUCACGACCAUUAUCGAUACAAGCGAAAAUGCGAGUUCCAGGAACUAGUUGAUCAGAAGGAGAAGCGAUCGCUGGAACAAGGUCUUUAUUCGCCUGACGUUUCGGACUCUCACUUGAAUCCAUCAUCAGAGACAGUAGCAGAAAAGGGUGACUCGUGCACAGGAAGUUUCAGUAGUUAUAGGAUGCAGUCGUUAUGCUACCGCAUACCUAUAGCAAUUAACCGCGCUCCCCUUCAUGAAGGAUCGUUGCCCGCUGGUGCGCUAAUUGCUUGCUGGCCGGCAUGCGAGUUGUUAAUUACCGAAAUGUCAUCACCCGUGUUGAAUGCUGGUGUGAUGAUUGCUCUUCUGCUACUGUCUCUGAUGGUGGAUUCAGGUGCGAGUCCGAAACGUCAGACGAAUAAAGAUCUUGUUCCAGCGAUCGCUUCUUCUUCUGAACGACCAUUAUCGUCAGCACCAUCAGAACUAGUAACAGUUUCGUCAAGGGCCCUAUUGGUGCCUUCUAUAAUGACUUUACCAGCUUUCUCGAAAAAUUAUUCUUGAAAACUUUGCACUAGAGUUGAAAUGCUCACCACGUAUCUCUUUUUUUUUCAGCUACAUGUAAUGUACUUUCUUAGGCCAGGUUUUGAAAUGUAUUGGAACAUUCCAUUGCGUGGGAUGCUAUUCCAUUCACUCCUUCAAUACCGUGCGACGGGCUACCAUCCCGAGUUACAGUCUACAUCGCCCUGGCAAACUUUUUACCAAGUCCUCCCAUUCUUUCCUUUUUCGCCGCUUAGAAGGCGCAAAAUAUAAACUAAUCCGCCAAUCACAAAUACUCGGAACAUUUCUUUGCAGCAACAAUAGCACCUUUGACUAAAAGGUUGCUGCUAUGAUAUGCAGUUGGGGGAGGAAACUCAUUUCAAGCUCUGCCGCUUUCGAGUUCUCUAUGAACUUUCUAGGAGUCCAUUUUAGGAGGCAGCAGCAUAGGGCAUCCAGUGCUCCUGUGCACUUCAUGCAAUAAUAUUUGCUAAAAUUAAUUAAUUCAUUGAUAUUUUGGCAGAUUUUGAAUAAUUCAUGUUGAUCCAACUGUGAAAAACUCGGCGCCUCGGUGGGAUUCGAACCCACGCAGUAAGGGGAAGGCUUUAGCGCAGCCAACGCUCUAACCACCUGAGCUACGAGGCCCCGCCGGACGACGCGAGUUUAAUAACAUUUGGGUCAAGUUACCCGCCCAACCUACUGCAACGUCUGGAAUCCACCAAAUCUGAUACAGUAAGUUGACUGCCCAAGCAGGAUUUCCUAAGUAAUUCACCUAGAAUCCACCAGAUGACUACCAGGCUCGCGUAAUUCAUUGAUAUUUUGGCAGAUUUUGAAUAAUCCAUAUUGACCCAACUGUGAGAAACUCUGAGCCUCGGUGGGAUUCGAACCCCGCAGUUGGGUCAAUAUGGAUUAUUCAAAAUCUGCCAAAAUAUCAAUGAAUUACGCGAGCCUGGUAGUCAUCUGGUGGAUUCUAGGUGAAUUACUUAGGAAAUCCUGCUUGGGCAGUCAACUUACUGUAUCAGAUUUGGUGGAUUCCAGACGUUGCAGUAGGUUGGGCGGGUAACUUGACCCAAAUGUUAUUAAACUCGCGUCGUCCGGCGGGGCCUCGUAGCUCAGGUGGUUAGAGCGUUGGCUGCGCUAAAGCCUUCCCCUUACUGCGUGGGUUCGAAUCCCACCGAGGCGCCGAGUUUUUCACAGUUGAAUCAAUAUGAAAAAUUAAUUAACACAGAAUUACAUACCCAUCCACGCCUUUUUCUGUCAAGUAUAGUCUAUUGGCAACUUAACCUGCCUGCAUCAUUACAGGCAUUUUGGACUGAUUCCUCAAGAACCUUUCACAGAAUUCGGCGGAAGCCUGUGGCAUUAGUGGUGACAACUCUUGUUUGUCUGCAUUUUGUCUUCUUCUACCUCUCGCCGACUGUGUUUCCUUCACUGCAUGACAUCGUAGGAUUACAGAGAGUAGACGAGUUUCAUCAGUAUUUUAGACGCUCUCGGGUUCAUAUGCCCGGGUGUACUCAUGUGAAUUUUCCAAUAUCACCAAUCGGUCAAGGAAAUUUUUUCCCCAUCUCGGAUUCUUCUCCAGGAGUAUUUCUUUUUUCAAGUCUUUGCCGGAUACGAACUCCCCGAACUAGCCCUAAGGCGUAGUGAAAGGUCUUUUUGUAGUGCUUGAAUGACGCGCAGUUUAGUCUUCCCAGUAGUUAGGGACAAAUGAAGUUUCGCUUACUUUCUUCCACAGCGCUCGAUGAAGUUGCAUCGUUUAUUUUUCGACAUUGGAAACAGUGGAAUACCGGUUCAAAAUCUUGAACUCCUGGUCUAUUUAGAAUUACUCCUGACUCUUUCGGAAACAGCAUUUUUAUGCCUAUCAGGUUUUCUAGCUGCAUCAUCGGAGAUAUUAUAUUGGCCAGCUGUGAUUCGUAAGCUGGGCGGAUUUGGUCAUUGGAGCUGAUGACCAAUCUCCAACUGUUGGCAGUCGCUCAGACGCUUUUGCACUUCUUCGCUGGAUAUUUUCAUCCUAAGUGUAAUGGUUAAGUCAAGACUGACAUUAAGAAUCGUGGUUCAAGUUGUGUGCUUGACGGCAUGUUUACUUAGAUUGUUUAGAGUUGCAGGAUUUAAGUCAUUAAUGUCCGGCCAUCGUGUCCAACGAUGUCCACCGUGUGCUCCACAGCUAGGCGGAGCAGGCACGGUGACUUGCUUAUGAAUUAGUUUAUAGUGAGAGUAAAUUUACGCAGCAUCUACCGCACUCUCUCCCCCUCUCCACUUGGGCCCCGUGCCAAGACAGUCAAGACCGGAGGCGGGGGAGGGCGUAGGUGGCUGGCGCGGCCGAACCCGAACCUAGACGUAUCACCGCACCCUCUGCUCAACAACAAACACGACCAGGAAUUUAAGUCAUGAUAAGGCCUAGACUUAUGGACCAAGAACCUCAGUUCAAGCGAAAAGCAUUCGCAUCAUCGACCAAAACGCAUUCCUUCAGUCAUUUUAUGGCAGAAAAUUAAAUGAUCAUCCCGGGAUUAUUUUCUCUAGAAUACAAAAUUGUCACUUAAGUUAGUUUUUUUAACUAGAUUUUUUGUUUUUUAAAGCAGUUUAAUUUAGACUGUGUUCUGGCUAAAACGGCCACCAUUCUAGAGUUAGACAUAGCCCAAGUCUUCUGUACCAUAUAGCUUUAAAGAAACCGAAAUAUCAAACCUGGUUGUGCCGGAAUUACCUUGUUAGCGAUAAAGGAAGUGUCUUAACAGUUCAGAAACUAAUGGAAGUAAGUAUGAGGAAAUCACUGAUUGAAAGAGGAAGACGAAUGUUUGGAAUGUACCCAGAGAAACCUAUUCAUUAUGAUGGCUGUGAUGACCUGCAUAAUGGGUCAUAUCAGUGGGCUCGAGGCAUCUAUAUCGCGAUUGAACAUAUUAUGACGCAGUCAAAGGGAAGCAAAUGAUAUCUUCUCAACUUAUUGCUACUGAUAAUUGCUACUUUAAUUGCAGCCCGAACCUUGUAAAAACGUCUCUGAAAGAGGCUGGCCAUGCCUUCCGAAGUACCGACUUCGAUUGGAGUCAAUCCGUCCUUUUAAAACCAACUCCACCCAUGACAGAUCCUGCUCUUCUGUUUUUCGGAUUUUGUAGGCUCGUUAAUAAAUCCCCUCUGCCCUUUACGGCGCACGGCACAAGGACGGGCGCGGAGGAGGAGGAGGAGGAGGGGGAGGGGGGGAGGAGAAGAAGAGGGAGAAGUGACUUGACGCGCGUCCAGCUGGACAGCCCUCUUAAGCGCUAUCGACUAAAUGAGGUCGGUAAUCCGACUGUCAUUCAACGCGUGCUGAAAAACAAACCAGCCAGCAGCAGCAGCAGCAGCAGCAGCAGCAGCAGCAGCAGCAGCAGCAGCAGCAGCAGCAGCAGCAGCAGCAGCAGCAGCAGCAGCAGCAGCAGCAGCAGCAGCAGCAGCAGCAGCAGCAGCAGCAGCAGCAGCAGCAGCAGCAGCAGCAGCAGCAGCAGCAACAGCAGCAGCAGCAGCAACAGCAACAGCAGCAGCAGCAGCAGCAGCAGAAGCAGCAGCAGCAGCAAUGGCAGUCGCAUGGAAGCGGGAAUGAAAGAAAUAAAAAGAGCAUGUUCGCAGACGCCACCUCGCUGGCCACUCUCGGUGAAACUGAAAAACGAAAAAUACUGCCUUAUUUGCAAGAAAGCAGUCAGAAAUAA